AUGACUUUAAACAUCUAUGCUUAUCCCAAUAAGCUAGCAGUUUCUGAAAACGAUCUCCGUCCGUACUACCUUGGCGUUAUCAAGAGCAAGAACUUGGGUCUCCAAGACAGUGGUAUCAAAAUUCUCGCUCAUGAUCCUUUGGCGCUGAUCAGUGAGGAACUCAGUAAGGAAUUCGGCACGACUUCUUUCGACCCGACAACUGAAGGAGUGGAACAUAGGAUUUAUGAUGGACCACAAGAGUUUCAGCUUGACAAGACGACCAAAGCUCACGUGUCCCUCAUAAUAAAGAGCGACAGCGGUGACUACUCAUUUAAUUUGACUACAACAGAAGAACAAGCCAUUGACUACACGUACGAUCUUAGAAAUAACAGUGAUGGUGGCAUAGUGGUCGACUUUAUUUUCGAAGCGAAGCAGAGUUCUGCACAGUCUGGUUUUGUCGUCACAUCGGCAUUCAUCUACCUUAGCGACCCACUUCCAAGUUGCAAGGAGCAGUCACUUGUGCUUACUUUCAACAUCGAUCCACCAGAGAGCUACAUAACGAUGGAUUACUUUGCCUCUUUUCGCUUUUUGAUGGGCCACCACUGGAUGAGGAUGUACAACUCGUCAAGCGAGCGAAUGAACGAAGACAUCUCCAACUGGCGUAAAAAUGGUGUGGGCCAUGGGAGCAGUUUUCUUGAUCAGCUGAAAAAGCGCCAUAAAGAAGUCAUGGACUUCCGAAAUAUAACGCUAUCCGACGGAUCCAUAGCCCAGUUUGGCCGAUCAAUCAGUAUAGACAAUUCUGCGAAACUAUAUAACGUCAAUAUGGAGAACUGCGAGCCGUGGACAAACAACGAGGCUAGCCAAGACAAAUCUUGUUUGAAAUGUGUACAGUUGUUCAGCGAUGAACCGGGUCAACUCCAACCGACUUCCUUCUGGAAUUAUCUCUGGUCGUCAGGGCCGCCGAACAUUUGUCCCCAAGAAUCCGUUACCAACAUAGUCAGCCAGUAUCAAGUCACCGACUCACUCAAAACAAUUGGUAUCGAGUCCGAAAUGAUUUCCGCCUCAAGUCUUGCUCUUGAAGAUGGCGAGUAUAGGGAUGGGUGCGAGGCACUCAACAGAUCGCCUUACGCUUUUGAAACGCCCGGUUGUCUAAAAGAAGUCUUAUACAUUUACCGAAACAAUUCAAACAGCGCGUUUUGCUUCAAGUUGGAAUUGGUGAAAGAAGCUAUUGGCAAUGUGAAGGUGUCAUUGUACGAGAAGAAUGGACGCAGUCCAGAUUUACAGGAUUAUUUCAUUUUCGAGACCAACAAUCCUGAACACGCUAUUCCAAAGAAAUAUGUCGGCCACUGUAGACAGGGGUCUACGUUGGACUAUGAAUACAGUGGAAAACUUGCAGACGUUAUCGAUUCUGUAAAUCAUACCGAGGAUCAUCGCCAUGAUCAGCCCCUAUUCAUGGACGACAUCUACAUUGUCAUACCCGAAUAUCGCAGUGGACUUUACCACUUCGUAGUCGACUUGGACUCCGAGUUUUCAUUCAAGCAGUACGCAAUCGAGUUUGGCUUUUUCAUCGAAGAAGGAAAAGCCUUUGACGCCUAUGCUUCUAUGAUUAUUACUGCUCUUGUGUUAUUCAGUUGUAGCAUUUUCGUGACAAUAAGAUUCCGUCGAUACUUGCCAACUCAAGAGAAGAAGAAAAUGAUUGUGGUACAUGAAGAGGGAGACACUUCGGAUGAAGAGGAGGGUGAAGCUGUUGGAGUCAGGACAAUGUCCUUGAGUAUGAAUCCCAACUUCGACUACACCAUUAACGACUCCGAUGAAUCAGAUGAAUCUGAUGACAUGGCAGGAUUUGGGGAAAUCAAAAUCCACCCAGCAGAAGAUCAGCCUGAAACCGAAGCUGUCAAACCGACACCUAGAGCGACAUUCCUUGGACAAAAAGUGGUGAAAGACCUGAUCCGACGACGCUCUAGAUUGGAGCUCGAGCGCGCUCAAGAAGCGGCAGAAAAGAAAUUGCAAAAUCAAAACUGA